AUGGACGCCGCCUUCUACGACAGCGCCGCGAAGCUCGUCGACGCGCACGUCGUCGACCAAGCAAGACAAGUGGAAAAGACGAACCGCCGGCCCGUCCAGGAGCUCGUCGACCAGCGCCGCCUCCCCACGAAAGGCUGGUCCGACGACGCGGUCGAGAAGCUGCUGCGGGACUGCGCCGCGAUGGACUCGAACAACUUCGAGGAGAACGUCGGCGUCGGCGAGCGGGAGGCGCGCGUCCUCAGCGGUGUUGUAAGGAGGAGGCACUUCGGGCUGGCGCACGGCGUCGGUCGCUCCGGCGACGUGGCGGCGGUGCAGCCCAAGGCGGCCGGUAGCUCGUUACUAGCUAAACUCGCAAAUGCAUUAGCGCUGGACGCGCUGAAAGAGGCGGGCCUGGUCGAGUUUCGGAGAGCUGUCGUCUUGCCCUGCGCGACGGGCCUAUCGCUAUCGUUAUGCCUCCUCGCGCUGCGGAACCAGCUCCCGCCGACGGAACGAGCCAAGAAGUCGAAAGCGCUCUGGUGCCGCGUCGACCAGAAGUCGUGCUUUAAAGGUAUACUGUUAGCCGGUCUGGAGGCGGAGGUCGUCGCACCCCGUACCGAUGGGUCGGCCCCGAUCCACAACCGAAAAACUCAACCACCUCCAUCUUCUGAUGAGCUGCGCACGAACCUCGAAGCACUUGAGCGGAGGCUGCAAAAUAAUGAAGAUGUUUUUUGCAUCGUGACGACGACCUCGUGCUUCGCGCCGCGCGCGCCGGACGACGUCGUCGGCGUGGCGCGCCUCUGCCUGAAGCACAAUGUGAGACAUGUCGUGAACAACGCCUAUGGCGUGCAGUGCUCGAAGACUUGUGCCCAAAUCGCGCGAGCAUCGCGCGUCGGAAGGGUGGACGUCGUCGUGGCCUCCACCGAUAAAAAUUUUCUGGUGCCCGUCGGCGGCGCCGUCGUCGCCGGGAACGAUGCUGAUAUAAUCGAUACGAUUGGGAGGGCCUACCCCGGCCGCGCGUCGGCGACGCCCUGUGUUGAUUUAUUAGCAACUUUACUUGGUCUAGGGCGCAACGGCUGGCGAUCUUUACUGGAUGAGCGGGAAGCGCAAUUGGAGGGCUUCCGUUCGUCACUAGAAGACGUCGCGCGGAAGCACGGCGAGCGUCUUCUGGACACGCCGCACAACCGCAUCUCGUUCGGUGUGACGCUGUCGGCGUUGGCGGCGAAAGCUAGACGCGUGAAGGACGAUGAUAAUGCCGUGCGGGACCGGUGCACGAAGUUCGGCUCGAUGCUGUUUACGCGGUGCGUUUCCGGGACACGCGUCGUCGCCCGGGAAACGGACGCGAAGGACAUCGCCGGCUAUUCCUUUGUUGGGUGGGGCGCGUCGUGCGACGAUUACCCAGAACCCUACUUCACGGCGGCCUGCGCCCUCGGUGCUUCUGGUCGAGAGCUCGCGGACUUCGUGGGGCGAUUAGAUCGGGCCUUCGGCCAGGCGCACAAGCAGCUGGACAAGGAGCUGCGGCGACGGAGCGACUCCCAGGAUAGCCUUUCCACUAGUAAUUUGUAG